GCUGGUGGGGCUGAUGGGCCCUUACCAGGUGUAUCUGUGCGUCCUGCUGGCCGUGCUCCUCCAGCUCUAUGUGGCCACUGAAGCCAUCCUCAUCGCAUUGGUGGGUGCAACUCCUCCCUACCAGUGGGAUCUCCAGGGGCUCUCAGCUAAUGAGAGCCAUGGCAACCACUCAGUGAGCGAGCAGGGAGCUUUUGGGGAAUGGCUUCUGACUGCCAACAGCAGCGAGGUGCGCAAGCACGUACACUUCAGCAGCAACUUCACAUCCAUUGUCUCUGAGUGGUUUUUAAUUGGCAAUGCAUCGUACAAAGUCAGUGCUGCCAGUUCUUUCUACUUCAGCGGUGUGUUUGUUGGAGCCAUCUCCUUUGGGCAGCUGUCCGAUCGCUUCGGGAGGAAGAAAGUCUAUCUCACAGGUUUUGCACUUGACAUCUUGUUUGCCAUUGCAAACGGAUUCUCACCCUCAUAUGAGUUCUUUGCCGUUUCCCGAUUCUUGGUAGGGAUGAUGAAUGGUGGGAUGUCCCUGGUAGCCUUUGUUCUGCUGAAUGAGUGUGUGGGUACAGCCUACUGGGCAUUAGCAGGUUCUAUUGGUGGCUUGUUCUUUGCUGUUGGAAUUGCCCAGUAUGCUUUAUUAGGGUAUUUCGUUCGUUCCUGGAGGACUCUGGCUGUUGUGGUUAAUCUGGAAGGAGCAGUCGUCUUUCUCUUCUCUCUAUUCAUUCCCGAGUCCCCCCGCUGGCUCUAUUCCCAGGGCCGUCUGAACGAGGCGGAAGAUGCCCUCUACCUCAUUGCAAAGAGGAACCGCAAGCAGAAAUGCACUUUUUCAUUAAAACUGCCAGCAGAGAGGAGCUCCAGAGAGGCUGGCAGCUUUCUGGACCUGUUCCGAUACAGGAUUCUCCUGGGACGCACCUUGAUCAUGAUGUUCACCUGGUUUGUGUGCAGCUUGGUUUACUACGGUCUUACCCUUAAUGUGGGUGACUUAGGAGGAAAUAUUUAUGCCAAUUUAGCCCUGUCAGGCUUAAUAGAAAUCCCAGCAUACCCAAUCUGUAUUUACUUAAUUAACCAAAAAUGGUUUGGUCGGAAGCGAACGUUGAGUGCAUUUCUUUUCCUGGGAGGAUUGGCCUGUCUUAUUGUCAUGUUUCUGCCUAAGAAGAGAGAUACUGGAGUGUUUGCAGUGGUGAACAGUCGCUCUCUGUCCUUGCUGGGAAAACUGACAAUCAGUGCUGCUUUUAAUAUUGUCUACAUCUACACAUCAGAACUUUAUCCCACAGUCAUAAGGAAUGUUGGAAUGGGUGCCUGCUCCAUGUUUUCCCGUGUUGGUGGCAUCAUUGCGCCUUUUGUCCCUUCAUUGAAAUCUGUUCAGUGGUCUCUGCCUUAUAUUGUGUUUGGAGCAACUGGUCUGUUGUCUGGGCUCUUAAGCUUGUUGUUGCCAGAGACCUUAAACAGUCCUUUGCUGGAAACUAUUUCAGACCUGCAGGUGUGCUCCUACUGGAGGUUGGGUGAUGAAGCCAUGUCACUGCAAGCCCUAGAUGGCUCACAGUCUGGAGACAAAGACAGCUCUACAGGGAGUGGAAGUGAAGAUGAGGAGUUUUAUGAUGCUGAUGAAGAGACUCACAUGAUAAAGUAAUGAAAAGAAGAAACACUGGCCUAUUUUAUGCCUCUUCUUGCCCAGUCAGUCCAGCUGUAUGACAAGUAUUGCUUGCCAGGCAAUGUAAUUGGGCAAGUGCCUGUGUUUUUCCUUACUUGGAGAGGGAUUUGGGUACUGUUCAGUCUGAUGACAUCACUGAUGUUCUCCAUAUGAGGCAGCCAUUCCAAUUCUUGUGGUUCAGAAUACAGUGCAUGGACUGCAUUUGAAGCCAGAUGAGAGAGCAGAAAUGAGAUGAUGUAUUUCAGAAGCCCAGGAAUAACCUAGGCUUAGACAAAUUUGGACAGAUCAUCAGUGUGUGUGUUACUAUUGUAUUCUCAAGGUGGUGGAUUUUAUUUCAGUACAAAUUGGUGAACUUGGAAACAGUCACUGUAUUUUCCAUAAGGGUGAAAGUGGUCAGAGAAUGUGCUGUGUGCUACUCCAGUGGGAACAAAUUGCUGAAAUUGUAUGUUUAAAUGGCUUUUGCAUAUUCAGUGGAGGAGAGGCAGCUGUGAACAAAAGGUUUCUGUGUGCACACCUACAGGUGGUUAGUCAUGAGCUGGUCUUUAACUUAGUGAUAAUGGAAGGUUGGGAGGAAGGACUGCACAAAAGAGCGGCCACAAAGCCUGCCAACAUACGGGAAGUUACUGACUUUUUUCCUUCUUUUCACACACAAAGCUUUUUCUUGGUCUUGUGUAUGUUUGCCACAUGUUCCCCACAUCUCAGCGUGGCUGUUUAUAGCUUUGCCUACUUUUACCUUGUCCUCACUUUGCCGUAACUGUUGAAGCUCAGCAACUUCUCUGUGGAGUGAAAUAAUUCUGUGAUGGAUAUCGUUUCCUGGGUGCAACAAAGGUGAGGCAUUUAUCACAUACCGGGUGUGUGGUGUGAUAGAAUGUACAGCUCACUUUUGUGGACCUGUCUGGGUCUUUAUUUCUGGAAAAGGCUUAACUCUGAAGUGGUAAGAGGAACUGUGGAGUGCUUUUAUAUUUUGGGUGCUGUUAUCAGGAAGCUGCUGGUGUUUAUUUUAAAAUCUUUCGUGUAGCUAAGGUUUUAAUUUAAAAAGACAGCAAAUCUCUUUGGACCUUUUUGGUUACUUGAUGUUUUCUGACCAAUGCUUGCUCAAGCACUUGGUUACUUGACCUUGUUAAGGAACACAACUUCACUUUCCUGUUUCACUGAACUUUCUGUAGGUGCUUCAUUAGAGGGAUAUGGAAUCCCAAAGUGUGAAACAUGUGGAAUGUUCCAACUACAAAAAUGAGGCCUUACAGAGAUUCAGUUUUCUUGAUGACAUUGCCAUCUUCAUCCUCUAACCUGUGGCUUUCUCUUUGUCAAGAUUGGUUUCCAUAAAAUGUUAGUCUUCCUACUUUGAGUUCCUAGCAAAGUGCACACAAUGGCAGUAAAUAUAUUUUCAGGCUCAUGAAUCAUUUUUGCAGAUCUUAGAAUUAAAAAAGGUGGGUCUAAAAAUAUCAAAAAGCUGUCUGCUGAAUAUGUCCUGGUUAGAGUGGGAAGUUCCUUUACUUGCAAGGAAGUGAAAGUAACCAGCAUCUGACGUUUGCAGCCAGCUGCUUGAACUUUGUUCACUGGGAGCUGUAAUGCUGAGCAAAGUGCAACUGCCCUGGUUGGUGCAGAGAGCGGCCCAGAGUCUGCAGUUGGACACACGCAGCAUUCCAGUGGGGUGUGAACUUGAUCCAGGUGUUGACUGUGGGCAAAGUUGGAAACUUCAGUCCCUCUGAACAGUCUGUCAGUGUUGUUGUGCUUUUUGCCUGUAUUAUUCUUCACUGGAAGAAUUCUCACUCCUAGUCUUCCCUUUUUUUUCCCCCACAGACUGUUGAGUAGUUGUUGUAGAUGUGGCACUUUUUAACCCAGGUGGGUAGUCUUUCUGCCUUAUUUGGCCCUUUUGUGUAUAAGGAAAUUUCACCAAAUAAGGUACUCAGAAAUAGUUGGACAAGUUGGAGCUAUUCAAAUAGUUUUAAAUUUUUUACUCACACUUGAAUUUAUGGACAGCUGGGAAAAUGACUUUUUAUUGCUGGUGGCAAUCAGCAGUAAGCCUGGCAGUAAUAACACGUUGCCAAGGUGUUUUUACGUCUUUGUUUUUAGGUGUUUGUUGCCUCUGUCCCUCUUUGGGUGUUGGGUGGAACUAGUCAGGAGCUGCCAUUAUCUGCCCUGGCAACCCUGUGUAAUGCCUCAAGACCCUCAACAGAAUUUUCAUUAACAGUAGGAUGUUGUAAUGGUUCAGGAGGAGAAGAUUACUCUCUGCAGGACCUAAGCUAGAUUUUGUGGGUCUUUAAAUAAAAAUUAAAUUUACCUCUCCACUCAUGCACUUUAUAGUAUUGGUAUACAUAUGUAAAAUUCCAGAAACAAGAGUGAAGACAAAAUUAGCAACUUUUUUGCAUAGGAAUUGCUGCUCUUCUAUUAACGUUAAAUCUGUCCCAUGCUUUUACCUUUGAAAUUCUAAAGGGAAUAUUUAAAAAAGAAUUCUGAAUCUUCCAUUGAUACUUUCCCAUAUCAGUUAAUUCAGAAAGUUUAGAGGAGAAAAUCCCUGCAGAAGGAGCUCAGCAAUGUAGCAUUAAACUUUGCAUUCCAGCUUUGUGUUCUGAAGUUCAGAUCCAUUAGGUGCAUUAAGUUUCCUUUCUGAGGCUGUUCAUUUUUAGUAUGAGCUGGCCUUCUGGUACAGAAACCUAUAGGAUCACUUUUCCUCUUACCCAUGAUAUGUAAUGCUUUACAAUGUUGAGAUAGUUGUAUCUCAGUGUGAGCAGUAAGUUUGCCAUGAGGAGCUACUGGAAAGUAGAACACUGGGUACAUCACUCUACUACAUGUUGUAGUGCUAGGACUCUGAGACUAAGGUUCUUGCUAUAGUUUACUGCAGUGUGAUAAUCUUCUGCCAUGUUUUUUGCUAGAGUAGCCAGUACUGUAAAGCCAUUUUCAUGUUGUGCAGGCACUAAGAUACCACUUUUCUCAAGGUGGAAUUUCUUCUCUGGAUUCCUUUGGCUGUGAUUUUUUUUUUCUUUUCUUUUUUUUUCAGGUAGAUCACUUAGUGGGAUUAUGCUAGAGAGAAUAGAGCUUUUUCCCAUGGUGCUGAUUAGUCAGGUCUGAACAGAAUCCCAAACAUACCUCACUUACCUGGGGAGCUCACAAGUGAUAAGUGAAUACAUCUAAGAGUGAAGGAGAGUGACAGGUCAUGUGAGGCAGCAUGGAGGAGAAUGAGCUGGAAGAAGUGAAAAAAAAAAAAAGGGAGGAUUCAACUGUAGCACCUUAGGGCAAGGGUAAGUGAAAAUACAGAACAGCUGUUGGGUAGAAAUACCCUUUAAUACAAUACAAUUUUAAAUUUUUCCUGAAAACAAAGAUAGUGUUCUCUAAUUAGGAAUUGGGAAAGUUCAGAGACCCCCUGACAUACCAGAAGCUCUGUGUUAAAGGAGUGCCAGAGGUGACUGUGUGUUCAGGUCAGGAUGCUGAGUGAGGAGCCCCUCCAGAGACCCCCAGCUAACAUGGAGCAGGUUGCAGCUUGUUUUCACCCAUAGUUACAGUCAAGGCAGUAAGGGUGGGAGCCAUCAUUAGUGUUCAUUAGCUCAAAGUGUGCAAUCCAUGCCAGCUUUUCCAAACUGUGUGGAUGCUCUUAGUAGGACAUGAUUUACAGAGCCAUGGGGAAUGCAGUUGAGCCAUACAUUUUACAGCGUAUUUCACCUAAGCAUGUAAAAGCAGUUUGCAAGAGAAUGUUUUUCUUGCACUCAGGAAAAAGGGAAAGUGAGGAAAUUUUCCUGGAGUGUGUUAAAUGGAAUAUUAGCAUUAAAACUCUUGUUCUAAAGUCUUCUCAAUGCAGAUAAUAAUCACGAAUGCAGACUGGGUGAGCAGUAUUUUGUUUUAGCUGAAGGUUGUGUGUUUAUCCCUUUUCCCACCCCAGGAGCGCUUCUCUGGUCCAGCUCUUUGACACAGCAGAAUCUGUGACUGCAGACUGUGAGCCUUGCAGUAAAGAUGUCAGAAAAGCCCAAGAGCAGUGCUGUCAUUUGAUGGUGGAAGUUAGUCUGAUCUGACACAGUGUUUCUAUCAGAAAUGUCUAUAUUCAGCUGUUUACCAAACAGGAGACUUAGGGUAUAGCUGUAUUUUGAGUCUCAUUUGUUGUAUCUUGCUGCAAGAUAUGUGGUAGAAAGACAUCUACAUAAGAAAACCUCUCUGGCAGAUCUAAAUGUGGAAUUGGAGGGUGAACAAAUUUAUACAUAAUUUUUCCAUGCUGUGUAUUUUAAUGUAUUUUAAUUUUGUCUAGUCUGUUGUAGCCUUCAGAUUUUCCAGGUGCUACUGUUAUUUAAGGCUAGUAGAGCUGGGUAAAACUUUUACCCUGGUAGUCUGAAUUUACUAAACUUUCUCAUCCCAGUUUUUUUCUGUCAUUCUGAAAAAUGCUCCUGUAUUGCCUAAUAGGGAGCAGAAUUUUUUUGUUCUUAUUUGAAGUGCCUGUUUUGUGAAAGUAGUCUUUAAUUUCCCUCCGUCAAUUUUAUAUGGGACUAUGUGUAAAGUAGCAUCACAGAAUUGGAUUAUAUGUGUGCCAAAGACAGUUUUUGCUGGAGAGCAAUAGUCCAAAACUAGUUUGAGCUGCCUUUAUUUAGACUUUAUCCAUGCAGAACUGGUCCGCAGAACUGGUAUUUACAAGCAUCCCUGAAACUAUAGGAACAGAGAGUUACCUUUGUUUGCUUGUCUUUCAUUGCUUGGUUCACUUAAGUAGCUUUUGUUUAUGAGAAACCAAAGAAAUUAAAUGAAGGAUUAAAGUGUUCUUUUUGUAGAACAUUCAGAGUUUAUACCAUGUAGCCAUUGCAGAGAAAUCUGCAGAACCUGUUUUGAUUCUGAGUUGCAAGUGUCAAAGUUUACUCUCUUAGACUGAUGAAACCUGGUUAAAAACUGUACACUGGAAUUUGUUAGUUCAUUCAUCAAUCUUACAAAUUAGCAUUGCUAGCAAACAGUUUGCCUGGAGCUUCUUGGGAUCUAGCAGGUUUUUGUAAAAUGCACACUCUGUUUGAGGCAUUGCUAAAUAAUAAUAUAUGGAUUUUAAAUCCCUACUACAACUAAUAUUCACUGCAAGUCAGCCUUGUAAUGGCUGCAUAUUUGUCAGCAAAAAAGCAGGUGGAUAAAACUUUAUACAACGAGGGCUGACUAGGCCCAGAAGAAAGAUUAUUUCUUUCAAACCAUUCUCUGCUAUGUGUACACAAUAAAGGGGGACCAUGGGGUGUGUACAGUAAGAUUGUAGGAUGGAAUAUGUUUAAAUACUUGCCUGCCCUCAUUCACUAAAGGUUUCUAGAGGAAAUCUGUCUUUAUCAUGCAUGUUUCUGCAUCCCACCAACACAUCUGAGGUGCUCAUUUUGUACCUGUUUUGUCAGGAGCCAGGCAAAAGUAUGAUGGUAAGAAAACCUUUGCCAGUAUUGAAAGUUGUAUUUACUAAAAAAUCUCCUCGGAGAGGUGUCUGGUACAUCUGUUUCCAAACAAAAUUUUUAAAUGUUGGAAGCCUGAUUAGGAGACUUGCAUUUCUGCAUUUCUGAUGUUAGUCUGUAGGAAAACUCAGUUUUGCAGAUACUGAUGAAAACUGUUACAGAGCAAAAACUGCUAGAGGAUUUGUGGUGAGAGUUGUGUAUGCUUUGACUUCAAAUAGGCCUCUAAAAUACUGGUUUCUAGUAUUUGAUCCCUUUUGCUCCUCAAAAUCCAACCCAGAUUUUAUUUUAUUCCUGUUAAAAUUUGAGUAAUGUGGAAAUGAGAAGUAUGUUUUUCAUACGGAUACUUUUAUUGCACUACCUUUGCUUCCUGAAUCAAAUAGUAUUUUGAUUUUUUAGGCUACCUCUCUUAUGUUGAGCUUUUUGUUGUCACUUUUGUAUUUAAUUGAUUUUGGGGAAAUGACAAAAUAUUUUCUUUUUUUUAUUUGUGUAGGAAUCCAUUACUUAGUCCUCAAGUCAUCCUUCCCUUUUAAAGGUUUUGUCAAAGGCUUUUUUAAAUUUAAUUAAAAGACUUAAAACUUCUGAGGAUCUUCAUAAUUACACAGUUAGGAAAUGGCUUUCCUGUAUAUAUUGUUUGCCUUUAAAAGGGACAGAAAGCCUUUAAUUCUAUACUAAUGUCAGCUGAAGGCAUGACUUUUCAGGAACAGUAAGUUUUGAGUCAGAGGGCUUUAAUCAAUUGCCAAUUAGCGUUUUUAUGUUACUGCUUUGGUAUUGGAAUUAAAAAUAAUGAAAACACUUAAGAAAGAUACUGCUGCUUUUCUCCAGACACUGGUCUUCCUUCUCUCUACCCCAUGCCAUCCUCCUGUUCCUUGGCUGCUUGUCAUGCUCAGUCCCCUCAGCAAGGUCACAGGCAGCGCAGGAGACUGGGAUCAGUCUGUUGUGCUUCUGUUUAUUCACUGCUCUUUGUUUCUUGUUCUGCUGCUCUCCUGUGGGUUCCAGCACCAGCCACAGUCCAUUUAGAGUUGUAGCUCCUUUUGAGUCUACUCUCAGCCUCUGCUCAGCCUGAUUUUCCUUUGCUGUUUCUCCUGCUCAGCUGUCUCUCUGUUUGUCUUCUGCUGACGUGGGCUUAUCCUUUUUCCUCGUCCUGUUGUAGCACUGUAAUCUCUUUUUCUUGGCAUUUAGAGCCUUAUCUUAAACAUGCUUUUGUCCAAGUGCCAUCAGCUCCUCUGGCAGUGUUGGAGUGCAGUGGGUCAGUGCUCACUGGGCCUGAGAGGCAGUGGCCACUACCUGAAACACUGGAGGAUCCAUCUGAACACAGGGAAGCACCUUUUUAACAUCAGGGAGAUGGAGCACUGGCACAGGUUGCCUGGAGAGGUUGUGGAGUCUCCAUGUGUGCAGAUACUCAGGAGUCACUGGGACAUGGUCCUAGGCAGUCUGCUUUAGUGCUUGGCCCUGCUUGAGCUGGGAGGUUGGGCCAGGUGACCUGCAGAGGAGGUGCCUGCCUUCCUCUGAGGAUGGAGGGCACCACCAGAGGUGCCACCUCCUGAGGUGCCUUCCACCCUCAGCCGUUGUGGGAUUCCUGUGCUGGCUGCUGCUGAGCUGUCUGGGACCGGCACAGGCAGUCCCUGGCAUCUUCCCUCACAGGACACCGUGCCCAAGCCCUGACAGCCAUGCUCAUACACCAUUCCACAGGGGUUUCUUGCACGUCAAGUCCUUGGCCUGGGCUGACAGGUGGCUGGUACUGCCUUGCCUUUCUGUGUUGCUGUUGUCUUAGGUCAAGUAACUGAAACUCCUAAGGACAUGAACAGACAUUUGUAGCCAAGCUCUGUCUGUGUGCAUUUACAUCUUUCCUGAUUUCAGAAGACAGAACUUAGACCUCCUCUUGACCAGAGGGGUAAAUUACUUUUUUUGCUGCUCCACCUUUCAUUGUCAUGAAAACAAAUCUUUAUGUAUUCUCUGUAUGCUGUAGACUUUUGCAUUGUUUUCUCAUUCCUGUUUAAUGUGAACUAACAAUCAAAAGUCCUUGCCAGUUGAGAGCUGAGUAACAGGAAAUUGGUAGUGGGGGCAGGGAGAGCAGAUUCAGUUCAAAAAUGAAGUUGUAUAUAGUUGAUGUGUGUACUGUUAAGUAUUUAAUUUGGAUUAACGGAAUACUGAGUGUUACAAACAUUCCCAUGUUAAAAUGAGGACUGAUGUAUUUCAGAAGUACUUUCUCUUCUCUAACUGUAUUAAUGUGCUGUUGUUAACUCAGAGCUGUACUGCUGGAAAGUCUGUUACUUCAUCUGAGAAGUCACAACUGAAGACAGCGUAAGCUUUUCCACAGUAGACCUUUUAUGGUGAUAUAUUCAUAUGUUCUGUGAACAGCUGUUGGAUCCAUCUUUUUAAGAUGUUCUUUGCCAUAGUGAGGGGCCAUAACAAAUGUUGAAAUAUUCAGAAUAAUUGCACUUAUCUAUUCUGUUUUCUUAAUGUAUUUCCUAUGCAUACUGCCUUACCUGUAUGUAUUGUACUUCACUGGCGGUACGAAAAGUUAGUAUCAGGUUCUUAAUUUAGAAUGUGUUAAUGAGUUUUUAAAAUAGUUCUGUAAUACUAAAUAUUUUCCAGUGAUCUGUCUGCUAAGAGAGGGUGAUGAUGGGUAAGCCCAGGUGAAUUUAGUCAAAAAGUUAAUAUUGGUUGUCUUUACUUUCUCUUUUAAUUUCUGAAUUAUUUCAAUAAUUUUAAAUACAUAUAUUUUAGGAAUUUUGUAGAGGCUAACUUAUGUUAGUAAACAAACUUUUAGGUGAUUUGUAACAGCUCUGAUACUGCCUCUGACUCCUACAGUUCAUCCAAUGUCUUUGUAACUUAUUUUGUGCCUUUUCUUCCCAUGACAGAAAAUGUCUCAAUAAAAACAAGUUCUUUUGCAACACCACAAA